AUGGGGUUCAACUGCGUUAGGUACAUUUGGCCAGCCUAUCUGAUCACCAAUGACUCGUUGGCAUCCCUCACCGUUAGACAAUCGUUUCAACAACUCGGCUUGGUUGAAUCCAUCGCCGGAAUCCAAGCCAGCAACCCUUCCAUCAUCGAUGUCCCUCUCAUCAAAGCUUACCAGACAGUGGUGUCAAGCUUAGGAAAACACAAUUUAAUGGUCAUACUUGACAAUCACAUCAGCAAACCCGGUUGGUGCAGUAGUAAUCUUGAUGACAAUGGUUUCUUCGGUGACCAGUACUUCAACCCGGAUCAAUGGAUCACCCGACUGACUCAAAUGGCCACCUUAUUUAACGGUGUCACCAACGUGGUCGGCAUGAGCUUGAGGAACGAGCUAAGAGGCCCAAGACAGAACGUAAACGACUGGUAUAAGUACAUGCAGAAAGAAGCCGAAGCAGUGCACUCUGCAAACCCGAAUGUUCUCGUUAUACUUUCUAGAUUUGAUUUUGACAGAGACUUGUCAUUCAUCAAGACUCAACCCGUAAAACUCACGUUUAGUGGGAAACUACUAUUCGAGGCGCAUUGGUAUGAAUUCUCAGAUGGGCCGCAAACAUGGGUGACCGGAAACCCAAACGAAGUUUGUGGCAGAGUGGCGACAUACAUGAUGAAGACAUCUGGGUAUUUGGUUGAUCAAGGAUACCCGUUGUUCAUUGGUGAGUUUGGGAUCGACCAAACAGGAGCCAAUGUCAAUGGCAAUAGGUACUUGAACUGCUUCUUGGGUGUGACAGAUGAGCUUGACCUGGAUUGGGCCUUGUGGACACUGACAAUGAGAUAUUAUGUGAGAGAAGGCGUUAUCGGGUUAAACGAGUAUUACCGAGUCUUGGAUUAUAAUUGGUACGGGUCUGUCAGAAGUCAAACCGCACAAAGUGAUCUUCCAUCCCUUAACAGUGCUUUGUAUCACAAGGAAAUUAUUCGACCACCGGUUGCGAUUAGGUCCAUGCACCGACUCCUAUGCUUGGAGUUACUCCCCCAUAAGACUUUACUAGUAAAAGGAACACAUUAUUGUUUACAAGCCGACGGAUCCAGGACAUCGACAACGCUCAAUGUCUUUUGCAACGACUCGAAUUCGAAAUGGGAAAUGAUAUCGGAUUCCAAGAUGCAUCUUUCGUCUAAGCUCGGAGAUGGAAAAUCCAUUUGCGUCGAUGUAGCGCCAGACAAGACAAUCGUCACAAAUAGUUGCGAAUGCAUAAGUAAAGACAACACAUGCGACCCUUAG